AUGUACAGGGAGAAACGUGUUGCUGUACUGAGGGAUGGAAGGUUAGCAUGGCUGAGUUUUUGCCAUGGCUUGGGCGUUGUUGGCUUUGAGGAGGUGGCCAUGGUUCGAGCCAUGCCCAAUCAUCCGACUGCUUCACAUUGGGAAGAGAGGGAGAAAAGAGGCACCUGGGUCCGUCAGCACAUGUGUACAGGGCUUUUCAAAGACUGCUGGAAUGAAGGAUCGAUCGGUUACGAGAAGUACAUACAUUGCACUGUAGCUGCUACUGUUGCGGUCAAGAUUGCAACGUCGCCCACAACGGUCGCUGGCGAAAAAGAGGAGCAAGGAAGGGGGGGGUGGUCGGGAAGUAAUGGGCGGCCCGGGGUGGUAAACAAAGAGUAUGGGAUGGACACGUUUUUCAUGGCGGGGAAAUGA